AUGAGACAACAAGCCAACAAGAAACGUCGGGACAUUCAGUUCAAGAUCGGAGACUUGGUGUUGGUCAAGCUACAGCCUUACCGACAAACCACCGUCGCCACACAGCUCAACUCCAAACUAUGUCGUUGUUAUUUCGGAUCUUUCCCAAUCGCCGCUCACGCCGGACCAGUCACUUAUACACUGGAGCUGCCUUCCAGCAGUCGAAUUUAUCCAACCUUCCAUGUGUCCUUGUUGAAAGCUUUCCACAGGGAGGCACCAGUCACGAGCUAUCCUCUACCGGAGCUCAGCCACACCAAUAAACCUUUGCUUGUUCCGAUAGCUGUUCUCGCUGGCCGAAUCAUCAUGAUUCAGGAUACACCAAUCAAGCAGGUACUGGUACAGUGGUCUCAUAAUCCUCCAGAGGAUUCAAAUGGGAGGACCUCCAAGCUUUUAGUCAACUGUACAAUGUGCCCAACCUUGAGGACAAGGUCGAUUUUGAGGGAGGGAAAAGUGAUAGUCAGGCCCAAGUGA